AUGAUUCGAAGUUCUUCAUUUUCUGUGAGACUCCGCGGCUCGGCAACUUUCGCACCUCAGCCAGAUUUGAUAUGUGGCAAAACAAACGUGUUGGAUGGUAAGGCUGGUAUGUGCUUUGGAUUUGUUUGGGAGAAAGUCCCAAGACGCCGAUCUAUUCUUCUUGUUAUCGUUCCCUUAUUAAUUCUUGCGGGAUAUGUGUACGAAACAAAGGAGACAAAGGAGAUGUCGAGAAUCUCUAAGCUGGGCGAACCACCUUCGGUCAUCCUCGCACCUCCGAAAAAUUUUUGUCAAGGAUUUCUUUAUCUCGUUGUUCUUUAUACGAGGAGUUAUUCUCUUUGUAAUUUUGUACGAGAAAAUUGUACGGAUGUUCGAGCUGUUCUUAAAGUGGACGACGACGCUAUGUUUAAUGCAAGAAAAAUGUUUGAAGAAAUGGGAAAUAUGGACGUCUCAUCCAAGCAACUUUACUGUGUAUACAGUUCUGAUUAUAAGCCAAAAAGAACGAGAUCUAAGUGGGCAGUAACAGUGAAGGAAUAUCCUCCCGAAUGGUUUCCGACCUAUUGCUGGAGUCCUGCAUACUUCGCUACACCCUCCACUAUUCUUGCCUUAUACAAUGUAACGAGCAAAGUUCCAUUCCUUUGGAUCGAUGACGUAUUCAGUACCGGAAUUGUUGGAGCUGCCGCUGGAGUAUCUUAUCAAAAAAUUCUUCACGGAAAUGCUGAAAUGCUUCGUAGAGGUGAAGCGCAUUUUACAGUCCUAGAGAGAAGCUGGAAUUAUUUUAUCAUCACUAUUAUCAUUAUUGCUAUUUCACCAUUAUUACUAUUAUUAUUAUUAUUAUUAUUAUUAUUAUUAUUAUUAUUAUUAUUAUUAUUAUUAUUAUUAUUAUUAUUAUUAUUAUCAUUAUUAUUAUUAUUAUUAUUAUUAUUAUUAUUAUUAUUAUUAUUAUUCGUAAACGAACCUUCGAGAAUCUCUGACGGGAUGUCCGAAGAUGUUUCUUAUGUUAUCGUUAAGUAUGAUUAUUUGGCUCAAGAGGAUCAAGAACUUACCAUUAAGAAGAAUGAGCGAUUGCGACUGAUUGACGACAGCAAGAAUUGGUGGAAGGUAAUAAAUGAUGCCAAUAAUGUUGGAUUUGUGCCGUCGAACUACGUACGACGUGAAUCUUUAGUGGAUAAAGCGAAAGGAACAAUCAAAGGUUUCACAAAAAGUCGACCAAGAGUGCCCGAAUUUGAAUCAGAUAAAUCUCCCCCUGCUCCUCUGACAGCGAUCGACGUUCGUUCCGGAUUCACUGGUAAUAAUAAUCAGAUCAAAAACGGUCAAGGUAGCCUCCCUGACUCUUUGAAGAUAGGCAUUAUGAGUUCACGAGCGAUUGUCAAGUUCUCGUAUGAUCCUCGAUUGGAGGACGAAUUGAAGCUUACCAGAGGCGACACUAUAUCGGUGAUCGAUAAGAGCAGUGACGGAUGGUGGAAAGGAGAGAGUAACGGAAGAACCGGAUGGUUCCCCUCGAAUUACGUGGAAGAAGUUGUGGAUCAGGUUCAUCCAAGCGGUAAUGGAAAUGAAGGAUCGAAUGGCUGUUCUAUUACCUCACGAACUCCGGUGACAGUUAUUUCGACACCAGCUGCAUCGACGCAGAGUAAAUCCGUGUUAGAGCGCGUCAAAGCCCUGUACUCGUUCGAUGCGUCCACUGUCGAAGAGUUAUCGUUUAGAAAAGGAGAGCUUUUGGACAUUAUUGACCAUCCUGCUCACGAUCCUGACUGGUGGAUGGCUCGCAAUUCAGUUGGUCAGCAAGGCCUCGUUCCAAAAAACUACAUUGAGGUAGUUUCGGCAAGCAAUUCAUCCGGUGGAGGAAUGAUGGAUCGUGAGCCGUGGUUCUUCGGUCGUAUUAGCCGGGACGAAGCUGACCGUUUGCUUGCAAAUGGAAGAGAGGGGGAAUUCCUUGUGAGAGAUAGCGAAAGUAAUCCUGGUGAUCUGUCAAUUUCAAUGCGAGGUGUUGAACGCAACAAACAUUUCAAGGUACAGACAAUUGGCGGGCAAUUACACAUUGGCUCAAGAGCAUUUCCGUCAAUGACGUCCUUAAUCCAACACUAUACAGCUAAUCCAAUUUUCUCAUCUGGCACGGAAAAACUGUAUCUAACGCGACCACUUGCCAAGUAG